ACCAAAGAUAACUACUAUAACAGCGAACCUUACCCAUGGCUCACUACAUCUUUUUCCUCUCUUUAAUAUUAACUACACUAGCAACUAUGCAAGGUUGCCAUGCAGUUGACUACACCAUCACAAACACCGCCGGCACAACUACUAGUGGCGCCCGCUUCGGCAGCCAAAUCGGGGCUGAUUACAGUAGGCAAACACUAGCAUCCGUUACGGAUUUUAUAUGGAGAAUCUUCCAGCAAAACAACACGGCUGACAGGAAAAGUGUAGAGAAAGUCAGCUUGUUUAUCGACAACAUGGACGGGGUCGCAUAUGCAAGCAACAAUGAAAUUCAUGUUAGCGCGAAUUAUAUAGGAGGUUAUUCGGGUGACGUCAAAGGAGAGAUCACUGGAGUACUUUAUCAUGAGAUGACACAUAUAUGGCAAUGGAAUGGGAACGAACAGACUCCUGGAGGAUUGAUUGAAGGGAUUUCGGAUUACGUGAGGUUGAAAGCUAACUAUGCGCCUAGUCACUGGCAACCUGGUGAGGGCAACAAGUGGGAUCAAGGCUAUGAUGUGACAGCCAGGUUUCUGGAUUAUCUUAACAGUUUGAGAAAUGGAUUUGUUGCAGAACUUAACACGAAGAUGAGAAGUGGGUAUUAUGAAAGCUACUUCAUGGAUCUGCUGGGGAAGACGGUGGAUCAGUUGUGGAGUGAGUACAAGGCCAAGUAUGGAAAGUGACCAAUCGAGUAGUCUAAUUAAUAAACCAAUAUAUAAGAUGUUUUAGAGAAUAAAAGUCUGUC